AUGGAAUUCAACACCUCAUCAACACUCAUACCUCUACUCUCCUUCCUCCUCUUCCUCUUCCUCUUCACCUUUCUCAAAUGUCUACUCACCUCAAAAUCCACAGCCACUUCCUCCCUCUACUCCCACCUCCCCGGCCCCAAACCCCUCCCCAUCAUCGGCCACCUCCACCUCAUGCUCCGCGCCACCGCCCCCCACCACCUCUUCCGCCGCCUCGCCGCCGAGCACGGCCCCCUCAUGCACCUCCAGCUCGGCGAGCUCCACUUCCUCAUCGUCUCCUCCGUCGACGCCGCGAGACAAAUUGUCAAAACCCACGACGCCACCUUCGCGAACCGGCCCCCGGGCCUGGUGCCGGAGACGCUCCUCUACAGCCUCUCCGACAUCGUCUUCUCCCCCUGCGGCCCGCACUGGCGCCGGCUCAGGAGGAUCUGCAUGGAGGGCCUCCUGAGCGCCCGGCCAGUGCGGUCGUUCCGCGGGAUCAGGGAAGAGGAGAAUUUGAAUCUUUGCAGAGAAAUCGCUUCCUGCGAAGGAUUGUUGGUUAAUCUUUCGGAAAAGAUUUACCUUGCCACGUACGAUGUGGUGGCCAGGGCGGCGGUGAAGGCGAAGACGGAGGAGCGGGAGAUGAUGAUCGCAGUGGUGGUGGAGUCGCUGAGGCUGGGGUCGGGAUUCAUGCUGGCUGAUCUGUUUCCUUCGGUGAAAUUUCUGCCGCUAAUUACUGGUGCUUGGUUUAAGAUCAGGCGGAUGCGGAGGAGACUGGACAGAGUGCUCGAUGGCAUCAUCGAGCAGCACAGAGCGGCAGCGAGCGACGGCGACGGUGGUGAUGGUGAUGGUGGUGCGAGGUUUGUGGAUGUUCUUCUCAAGUUUGAAAAGGAUGGGACUCUAACUACUGACCUCGUCAAAGCUUUGCUUGUGGACAUGUUUGUUGCUGGAACUGACACAUCAGCCACCACAGUGGAAUGGGCAAUGUCAGAAAUGAUAAGAAACCCUAGCAAACUCAACAAGGCUCAAGAAGAAGUAAGGAUGGUUUUUGAAGAGCAGGGAUACGUAGACGAAGAUAAGUUCGAUAAGCUAAAAUAUCUCAAAUUAAUCAUCAAAGAGACUCUAAGAUUGCACCCUCCGUUGCCACUCCUAGUUCCAAGAAUGAGUGCCCAAAGAUGUGAAAUAAAUGGAUACGAAAUCCCAGCCGGAACAAGAGUGGUAGUGCAAGGAUGGGUACUUGGAAGGGACCCCGAGUACUGGAACGAUGUAGAGAAGUUUAUACCUGAGAGAUUUGAGGAAAGCUUGCAUGAUUUCCAUGCGAGCAAUCUCGAAUACAUGCCCUUUGGUGCGGGAAGGAGAAUCUGUCCCGGCAUGUUGUUCGGUUUGGCAAAUGUGGAGAUUCCACUUGCUAUGCUUCUCUAUCAUUUUGAUUGGAAAAUGCCAUCUGGGAUGAAGCAUGAUGAAUUGGAUAUGACGGAGGCCUUUGGCGCGACUGUUAAUAGGAAACACCCUUUGCGCUUGAUCCCUAUUGUUAAGAGACCUUUACGUGCACGUGUUUGACUUAUCCAGGGAGCGUUUACUUUUAGUGUAGAGUGCGUUAAGUUAAUAUUGUAUGUAUUGUGUUAUAGAUUCCAAUGCAAGUAAAUACUCUCUCUAUCCCAAUAAAUAUGAAAAUUUGGUUUUUGA